UUCACUCGAUAUGGCCGUCUCACAGCUGAUCGUGGCCAAGAUUGUGGCCAUUGUGGUUCUGCUGGUGGUCACCCUGAUCUUCUGCUUUCUGCCCUAUUUCCUGGAUCGCUUCUACAAGUGGACGAAGCGCGCCAAGGGAAAUGCCCGCGAAUUUAUGGUUGUGCUCUGCCUACUCAACUUUGGCGGCGGUGUUCUCAUAGCCACUACCUUCAUACACAUGCUGCCGGAGGUGGUCGAGCUGGUGAAUGCUCUGCAGCAGUGCAGGAUGCUGGUGCCCACACCAUUCGGCCUGCCGGAGGUGCUUCUCUGUACGGGCUUCUAUUUGAUGUACUUCAUCGAGGAGACCAUGCACUUUGUGGUGCGCCGAAGGCAGCUAAGAAAGCGCCAGGUCGCGAAGGUGCUUGUGCAAGUCGUGCAGGACGGUCAGGGUCAGGAGCAGGAUCCUCAAACGGAUUUAGUAGUCGCGCAGCAGGAGCCGGAGGAGCCCAACUGGCUACGUGGACUGGGCAUUAUCGUGGCCCUGUCCCUGCACGAACUGUUCGGCGGCAUGGCCAUUGGCCUGGAGAUGAGCGUGGACACGGUCUGGUUCAUGUGUGGCGCCAUUGCCGUCCACAAGCUUGUGCUGGCCUUCUGCAUUGGCAUGGAGAUCAUGAUGGCUCACACCCGAUGGCUGAUCGCUGUCAUUUACCUGCUGGUCUUUUCCAUCGUCACGCCCAUUGGCCUGGGCAUUGGGAUUGCAGUCAGCGAGACAUCGAGUGCGAAUGAGCCGAGCACGGCCUCGGGAAUCCUUCAGAGCCUCGCCUGCGGCACUCUGAUCUAUGUGAUCUUCUUUGAGAUUGUGGCCAAGAACCAUGCCGGCUGGCGGGUCUUUCUCUCCUCAUUGGUGGGAUUCAUCCUGAUGUUUGGCCUCCAGAUAGCAAUUGGUGAGGCCAAGGGCAAGAGCCACUACGUAUGCCCAUAGCGGCUGUGCACAUCUCUGGCUUCAGGGC